AUGAAAUUCGAUGAUUUUUUACAUACAAUCAAUGAUUUUGGUCGAUAUCAAAAAUUACGAUAUAUUUUUAUAUGUUUAACAUAUAUGUUACCACCAAUUAUGGUUUACACAUGGUCAUUUACAGCUGCUAAACCAUCAUUUCGAUGUAAACUAUUCGAUAAUGACACUAUUUUUAAUAGUGAUAUUCCAAGUUUAAUCAAUCAGAGUCAACCAGAUGAAACAUAUUGCAAAACAAAUAUGAAAAUAUCCGUUGGAGAAUGUCAACGAUGCUAUAGAAAAGUUGUAUCAGAAACAGGAAUAACACAUAUUGAACCUUGUAAAGAAUUUGUUUUUGAUCGAAAAUAUUAUCAAUAUACAUUGGUAGAAGAAUGGUUGAUGGUAUGUGAUCGAACUAUAUUUCGUUCAAUUGUACAAAAUAUUUUUUUUUUUGGUUACAUGGUUGGAUCAAUUUUUUUUGGAAUUUUUGCUGAUAAAUAUGGUCGUCGUCCAAUUAUGAGUGCUUGUAUAUUGUUAAUGGUCGUUACAGGAUUUAUUUGUGCUUUCUUUCCACAAAAAAAAGCAUUUGGAUUCUGGCCAAGUUAUAUAGUAUAUACAAUAAGUCGUUUCAUUUUGGCUUGUUCAACUAGAGGCAUUUCUGUCACUGGAAGUAUUUUUGUUUUUGAAGAUAUAAUAACUGAAUUAGUUGGUCCGAAAAAUAAAUUUCUAACAGCAAUAAGUGUUAAAUAUUUUUUUGCUAUUGGUCAAUUAUUUUUGGUUGCUUUUGCUUAUUUCAUUCGUGAAUGGCGACGUUUAUCUUGGACUUUAUCUAUAUUUACUAUACCAUUUGUAUUCUUUCAUUUUGUUUUACCAGAAUCAGCUAGAUGGAUGAUGAGUAAGAGACAUUAUACCAAAGCUGAGAAAUUACUUCGACAUAUUGCAAAGACAAAUAAACGACCAUUCGAUGAAGAAGCAUUUAACCGGAUGAAAAAUGAACAAGAAAAAAGCACACUUUGUCAAUCACAACAGAUUGGUGUUCUUGCUUUAUUUCAAACAAAAAUUAUGUUUAUUAUAUCGAUUAAUUUAUUUUUUCAAUGGUUUGUUCAAAAUUUAGUAUUCUAUGGAAUUUCACAAAGUACUGGUUCUUGGGGUUUUAAUCCUUAUUUAUCAUUUACAAUUUCGGCUCUUGUUGAAAUAUUGUCUUGUAUAGCAAUACAUCCUUUACUCAAUCGCGUAGGACGAAAAUUACCUUAUUUUAUUGCUGCUCUUUGUUUUUCUAUUAUCGCAUUAUUAAUAAUACCCAUGCAAAAUUUAAUACUGAAGAAUAAACGAAGAGACAGAGUACUUACAUUUAUAUGGAAUGUAUUAUUAAAGUUUUUUGCAUCUGGCAGUUAUAAUAUUAUUUAUAUUUAUGCAAAUGAAUUAUUUCCUACACGAAUAAGAAAUACUGGAAUGGGUAUUUGUUCAAUGGUUGCACGAAUUGGAGCUAUAGUCGGAACAACAAGUAAUGAUAUGUUGACUCGUGUAUGGAUCAAUCUUCCUACUAUUUUAUAUGGAAUUUUAUCGCUCUUAGCAGCUUUAUCUGUUCUAAUCUUACCAGAAACAUUGAAUAAGACAUUACCACAAACAAUUGAAGAUACCGAACAAAUGGGUUUAGUUUGUAUCCGUAUUCGUGGUGUUCAAAGAACCUUAGACAUGGAAGAAGAACAAUCUAAUAAAAAAGAAUAUCCGAAUUCAAAUGAUAUUCAUGCAUUGAAAUCAACAUGUGGAAGAAAUCGAUCUAGAAAUGGAUAUGAAAAUGAAAAAAGAAAUAAUCAUUUAAUUGAUGAACACUAA